GGAUAAAUAACACCUUCCACUGAAACUCGUUGACACGACUGACUGGACCGGAAUCUUCCAGCAGGAUGACUGCUUGCGAAUGUUUAAUGUUCUUUGUGAGCACUGUAUACUUUGGUAUAUCAGCAUUUUUUAUCUAUGUAUCUCUCUGGCUGUUGAAAACUUUUCACGAUAUAAACUAUAAGUUGGACAAUCCACUGACUGAUGCCGAUAUUAUUUUGCUUUCCUUGUCGUCCUUCAUGUUACUCUUGGGAAUUUUUGGUUGCUUUACAACUUGUUACCAAAGUAAAAGUUGUAUUAUUCUGUUCAGUGUGUUAACAAUUCUUGCUCUGAUAGUAAUGUUGUCAGGAGGAAUUAUUGGUUUAGUAUCCAGUCUUCAGGUAAGGGAUGAUGUAAACAAAUCAAUUUAUAAAGCCAUAGACAAGUACAAUGACACUGGAACACAUUCAGACAGCGCUCUAGAUCUUCUGCAAAAUAAGCAUCAGUGCUGUGGUGCUGUCAAUGCCUCAGAUUGGAUCAAUUCAACAUACUGGUUGCUGGAAUAUGAAGAUAAAGAAAAUAGAACUGAGACACAUCUGUUACCACAUUCUUGUUGUGUUACAAAAUCUGAGAUUUGUAAGCUGGACAUUGGUAACUUCUAUACAAAGGGUUGUUCAGAUCUCGUCAUUCAAAAGCUAAAAAACUACUUGAAAUAUUCCUUUGCAUUUUGCUUUGGUUUGGCUUUUAUACAGAUAACUGGCAUAGUGAUCUCAUGCGGAUGGUUUGGUACAUCCAAUAAAAGAGACGUGCAAAGCUAUAUGAAAGUGAAUCGAGGAACAUAUGCUUGAUAAUUCCACAUAUCAUGGAAGUCAACCUAUCAAAAUAUCUAUUGAUUCUAAAUAUAAAUGUGCUGAAUGCAAUAUCUUGAAGCAUGAUAUAUAUGUCAUCACAUUUAUUUAGCAGUGUCAAACAGCAAGUUUAAAGAAAUAAGCAUUUUUUAGUGUUAUAUAUAGCAUAUCAUGUAUUAUUUUUGUGUCUAUAUGUUUCUAAAAAAAAUUGAUAUAUAUGUCAUCACAUUUAUUUAGCAGUGUCAAACAUAGCAAGUUUAAAGAAAUAAGCAUUUUUUAGUGUUAUAUAAUAGCAUAUAAUGUAUUAUUUUUGUGUCUAUAGGUAUUUCUAAAAAGAAUUGAUUAGCACUUCUAAUGGUAUAGAAACACAGUUGUGAAAGCAUUUUAAAAUACUUUAGAAAUCAUCACAAUCACAGAACCAUAUUGAAAUUAAAUACUGUACAAUCAGAGUCAACUUA